UGGUCAGUCAGUACUGGGGUGAGAGGGAGUGUAGAGAGUCGCGUCCAGUGGCCGGUGGCACUCUCACUCUCCCUAGAAAAUGUGCGCUGGAAGCGGCGUCACCGUCGCCGACCAGCCACCAGCGACCAUCGCGUCUCUCUGAACCAAACAGGUGAACAUUGUCACCCCAUCACCCAGAAGCAAUGGAUAGCAGAAGUGAUUGAGAUACACCGCCUUCGAACGGAGAUUCCAGGCGGACCUGGCUGCUACUGCCGGUGACCCGAAGGCCGCUUCUUCAAUUCCCAAGCUGUUGAUAACGAACUAGAACAACCUGCUGGUUUUUACACCCUUAUCUUAUAACGGGUGGACCGGCCGCCAUUUUGAGCGAGGGGCGAGAGAGAAGUGUAGAUGGUCAUCAGUGGAGGAAGUGUUGUGGUGAAGUAGCUUUGAAGUGAGAACGUUACUUGUGAGUGAGUUCAAGUGAUCGCUGACAACCUCUCACCCCUCCUGCUGCUGCUGUUCUUCCUCGUUACCAACAGAGAAUCAUGCUCAAAUAUGUCCUGCUGGCCACCCUCGUCGGCAGCGCAUGCGCGGGUGACUUGACGGUGGACCAGGAGCUCUACAUCGUGGCUGGCGUCCUGGGUGCUGUGUGUCUCUUCCUUACAAUCGUUUCCAUCUACAAUACAGUCACCAUCAUGAGUUUGCAGUCCAAGCUGAGGAUUCUGAAGGCCAAGGCGCUCCCUGCAAUUGGCGGGUUUCCUCUGCAAAAUGAAGAGUUCCCCAGAAGGGAGCAGCCAGACCACCAUGGAUCACCCUACGAGAUAGACGACGACCCCAGGAGCCGCCCCACCAGGGACCCGUACUCCAGCGCCCCCGCAGUUAGAGACGACCCCAGCAGGCGCCCUCCUCGGGAUAACUACAGGAUGAAUAGGAUCACCAAUGAUUACUACCUGGGCAGCCGCUUCUCUGGCGGGCCAGCGCCACCACCCCGGCCCCACCGUCAGGAGUCCAGGAGCUCAGCGUACUACUGAUGCACCGGCUCCCUCACUCAGCCCUCAUACUUCAAGAAUGGUAACAUAUUUCAGCAAGUUUCCAGGUGACCCAGAUGUUGCCAGUGUUUUUGUGGUCACCAAGGAUUACUGAAACAAAACACCCUCUCCAAGUUCCACACUAUUUUUCAGAAUAUAUAUUGAAUGCUCCUGUAAUUGAAAUGGAUAACUUCAGAUGAUCAGUCAUAAUUGUAUAUAUACAUUAAACAAAUUGGUUAAUGUGAGCAAUAUUAAUUUUUGUAGUUGAGUAAUAUUUUCUAAGUAAAAAAAACUUUUGUAAUAAACUACAACAUUCUUAUAAUUAAUUACUUCCAGGAGGCACAGUGCCAAAAAUAAAACUUGUUUUUCCCUCAAUAUAUAUACAAUAAUGUGUCAGCUUUUAUUUUCUAUGGUGUAUUUUAAUACCAAAUACAUUAAAUAAUUUAUUUAUAGAUUUAAUGAAAAAUAAUUCUUAUGAAAUAGUGUAAAGCUCCUUACUUGAUCAGCGAGGUUAAAGCCAUCAUUGGAUGGGUUACGGUGUAAAGUGCAUCGCCAUUAACUAGGGAGACCUUGAUAAGCUUAUAUUAUAAGAGGCUUUCUGUCCCUGAUACCCUUAAUUUUUUAUGCUGCUCAAAACUUUGGGAACAAAAUGGUAAUAAUCAAAUAUAUGUAUACAUUAUACUGGUGAUAAACAUUAGUAAAAACACAAAGUUGAUUUUCAAGUUCUCUUGUCGUAGUUGAUAAUGUAUUUGCUACAAUAUUAAAGCCCUAUAAUUCAAGUCAUUUUGAUUUAUGUAUAUAUUUAUUAAUGAAUGGUAAUUGGCACUGAAUUUAAAAUAUUGAAUGUAAAUAACAUUUUAAUAAAAUCUGUAUUUAAGAACGAUUAAAUUAGCACUUGAAAAGCAAUACUGUACACUGUAUUGUACUUUGUGGUGACAAUGUUCGCUGCCUUUAAACAGUACAUAUUUUUAAUUUAGGUUCUUUCAAAUCAAAGCUGUUUAUAUUACACAAAUUACAUAAAUGGCCUUGAAGCUAAACAAGGCCUCAGAUCUAAAUCCCAGAGGCCUUGUCCCAGUGAACUUUCUUGUAGCACCCAGUUGAUAACCUCUCAGCAGCCUUCCCCAUUCUCCUUAUGCAUGUUGCGUCCCCGUCCUGUACGUGACACUCUCUAAGCAUCCCUAUCUUGUAUGUAAACCCACUGGCCUCCACAAUUUACUUUGGUGCCAAUUUACAUUUAAAUAAAACAUUAUCUUGCACAUUGUUGGCGAGAAGUUUUAUAAGAAGUGUUGAAAUAAAUAUAUUCGUAA